CAAUCUGAUGGACGUAAAAGAUAAUAUUGUAUCCUCUGAAUCUCUCGUACAAUUUUCUCUGGAAUAUGGUUUAUUGCGUCGAUUGGAAGAGAUCCACAUCCCUACAUACGCAGAAUAUGCCCAAGUCGACUUCCUGUACACAAUAGAGACUUAUUAUGAAGGGUUCCAUCAGAUCUUCACUGACGCCUCAAAGUCUCGGGAUGGAGUGGGAUGUGCAUUUCAUGAUCCAUCCACGAACAUAAAUAGAAAAUUCAGGUUGAACAACCAUCAUUCAGUAUUUACAGCAGAGCUUUUUUCAAUAUUCAAGAGUCUGGAGUAUGUGGAAGAAAAAUACCAAGAAUUUGCUUCUGAUAAAAUCCUAAUAUUAUCUGAUAGCCGCAGUUGCUUAUCCUCCCUCUCAAUUCUUAGGCUUGAUUAUACCUUCACAAUCAUUCAUAAAUACAUUUUGGAAACCCUAGCCAAACUGAAAUCCUGGGGCCUACAAGUACAUUUUCUAUGGGUAAAAUCACACGUGGGAAUAGAGGGAAACGAGGUAGUGGAUGAAUUAGCUAAACAGGCUUCAAGGAUGGAUAUAGUGGAGUGCAGGAUCUAUUCACCUCGAGAUCUUAUACCCCACAUAAAGAGUACUAUGUUUGCAAAAUGGGAGGGAAUCUACAACACUCAGACAAAGGCCAAACAUUAUAAAUCAAUCCAGCCUAUACCGGUGAAACACCCUUGGUUUAAUAACAAACAAUUUACUCGCUCAAUCAAUGAAGAGGUAGAAUCCAGAGAUUUUGUCCGAGUGAUAUCAAGAUUGAGAAGUGGUCAUACUAUAUGCCCCAAAUAUCUGCACCAAAUCAGGAAAAAGACUGACAAUCUAUGUGAUUGUGGAGAGAUUGGAGAUUUGGAGCAUAUCAUUCUCAGGUGUUCCAAAAACCGACGCAAUCUUGAGACUACAAUAAUAAAUAUUUGUUCGAUUCUUAAAACCAAAUACCCUUUUAAUCUCAGCAGCAUAAUGGCUACCAACAACCCAAGGGUAUAUUAUGAAGUCUAUAAAUUUGUUAAGAAUAGUGAUCUGAUUAUAUAGCCAGAAUUUAUUCAGUCCCUAUAUUCCCUUCCUCUGGUCCGUUGCUCAGUCUUGUAAGUGUAUGAAGAAAAAAUCGCUUUGAUGAGCACCUCUGCGUAUUGUAUCCUCGUGAAUCCCAAAAUGUUUAAAUCCUAUGUAUGUAUAACCCUAAUAUUGUUAAUGUCUAAUCAGAUGGCUGAUAUCGA